ACUACGCUGAUCGCCGUGUAAUUUCAGUUGCAUUAAGCUUUUCUUAGAAUAGGGAAGUCUGUCUGGCUGCGGUUAUGGCGUCAUGCUGGAAAAUACUUUUGCUAUUAAGUUUGUUCGAAACGCAGCAGUGCGUGUCAUCACACCCAUUCGCGGCGUUCAGUGAAGAGUCGGAGAUGAGCACUGUUAAGCCGCUGCAAGUGAAUAUUAGUUCAAAUGAGAGCGCGCCUAAGAAGACUGGGAGAUUUCCCAUUGAAAGGGAACACUGGGCUAUUGUUUGUUCUGUCAUUGCUUUGUGCUUCGCGCUCAUAACGAUAUUUAAAUAUAUGUGUUGUCCAUAUGUGCGUUGUUGCGGCUGUAAAGAAGUGGAAUUGCAGCGCACGAGGGAUUUGCAAAACCGAGAAUUGAAGCCGCAGUAUUCUUGGGAAGCAACUAAUCACAUAUAGAAAUGGAUUACGAUUUUAAUAAUUGUUUGAAAAGGAAACAGUGGAGAAAUGUGCUGGGGAAAAUAACAAAAAUUAACUGAAAUGUUUAUUUCAUGCAAGUUGUACAAAAAAUUGAAAACAAACUAUAACUUAUAACUAAAAUCUAAGUGAAAUAGUACGCCAAGACUAAAGAAAUUGUAAACGAAGUUUGAAAAAAUAUAUUCGUAGACCGACUACUACUACUAUAGUGGCUAUAUAAUAUUGUGGACGUAGUCUUUAGCACCUGGAGUUAGCUAUGUAUAUACAUAGGUGGGCACUUUGCAGUAACAGUAAGAAUGCAGUAAAUAUAAUAUUUUACUGAUAUUGCAAUUUAAUUUUCAUUACCAGUAAACUUUUACUGAUUACUGAAAAAAAUUUGCAGUAAAAAUAUUUUUUUACUGAUUACUGAAAAAAAUUGCAGUAAAAAUAUUUGUUUACUGAUUAC